AUGUCACGACCCGAAUCUGUGGCUGGGUCACUCCCUAACCUCAGCCAUGCAUCGAGACCGCUAGCAACAAAACCACGCUCGGUCUCACCCUCGAACAUAUCACUUUUUGUGUCCAAUCUUCGCCUUUUGAAUCUCGAUCAGCGUCAAGACUGGCCCGAUAUCACCAUCCAGACCUUUGAUACUAAGGACGCACUCCAAAAUCAGAAAAAGCGCGUGUCUUGUGUCGAAUGGUCUCUCUACCGUCUCUUUGAGAUAUGGGACCGGGAGACUACACGCGAUAAACUACAACCUUUCUUUCCGCCUCUAGAGCCAAUUCAGUCUCUCAAUCUGCGUGCAGCACUAUUCAGGUGCCUCAACGACUUGAAGAAGAAUGAUGUCUUGGGCCGAGAAGCUACAUUGCGUAAGACUAUGCUUGAUGAUUGCAAAGGUGACAAGUUCGAAGAAGUAUUGCUCCUAUUCUCUGCUGCCGUCGUUCGAAAGCAUCUUCUGUCGACUCGCCGAAAACAGCCAUCAUCCAUUGCAAGGAACAUUGCACUGUCGAGAAACAUCGACAAACGCGACCUGAGCAGUAUUGCUCCUCUCUCCAUGGCUUACCGUGCUUCUUUGGCAAAGACUCUACAAAGCCGAGCAACUCUGGAUAUUACACUCGACAAUUUUCGUACAUCGCUCUACGAGAAAACCAAUGAUUAUCAUCAGCGUCACCUCACCCUGCUCGAGACGCAAGAUCCAACCAUAGAGAAUCUAUCGCCUGAGACCGAAAAAUUGAUCAGACGGGAACUUCGCCAGAAUUGGGUUGGCAGCAUAGAGGGCUGUGAUGCGUUGCUGGCGGGUGCUAAGGUAGCCUCCCCCGACGCGUACAUGGACUCUAGGUUUGAUGAUCUGUGGCAGCACUUUCGUCAGGGCACAACCCCUCAAGUGUCUCCUGAAAGAAUAUCUCUGCUCGAGACAUUGCAGUCUCGUGUCGGUGAGCAGAACGACCGUUUGCGCAUGUGGAAGGCAUACAAGGACGUUUUUGAGGAAUCUCACAAGCCAGCCAACCCUGUUGGGGAAUCGUCUGCGCCCCAUCGCCGGGAGUGUACCGCGGAGGCUCAUGGUUUGGACAUCUUCAACAAACACAAGAGCAUUGGUGUAGACCAUACACCUCCUGAAUCCGUGGAUCAUUCCCACAUCGAUCUCAUGGUAGAUUACGAACAAGUACUCCACGAUAUGAAGCAAGGUCUAUCUGAUGUACGCAAGAGAAAGCAGAAACCUCAUGGCCAAGCAAAUCAUUUCGCUCCAUCGGUCGACAGGAUAGGCCGUACAAACACUAUGUCAAGACAAGCACCUAUACCAGUGUUCCUUGGGGGCUUACAUGAUCCUAAGGAAGAUCUGUUCUCGCCACUAAAACGCCCACUGCUCGAAUCUGCGAACUCAACUCCUUUAAAUACACGUGGUGAAGCACACAAGACACAUCAGUGGCUAUCACGAACACAUAGCCAACCUGUGACCACGCCUCAAUCUACGAGGAGUGAAUAUGGCUUGGCCAUGAGUUCGAGGAACGAGAGUCCAUAUGGUUCUGCUCUGAGGCAACCAGAGUUUGUAGAACCUAGCCCUAGUGUACAAAGGGACAGGGAGAGAUAUGUCAAAGCACACACUCCCAGUUCCAUGGGCGAGAGUGAGAUCAACUCGAAGAACGAGGAGGCAUCUCCGACUAUUACACAUGUUGUCUCAGCAGAGUGCGGACACACAGACCUGGUUGACGAUCCCGUCACGUCUCUGAGACACAAAAUUGACCAGAUGGGAUUAGACGAACAAAAACGUUCGUCUCCAUCUCCAGAACUGCCAGACUACUCACCUCCAACACUCUCGAGUCCACCAGUACCGAUCUCUAGGCACCAGAGUCCACAAGAACAACUCAAUCUCUCAGAGCGCGCUCGUAUGUCCAUGGCUUCUUUCCGCAGCAGCGAGAAUAGCCAGCCACUACCUCAACCAACCCAUGACGUACCAACAUCAACCAUAGACGUUGAAGCAACAGUCACGCAAGCUCGGCGUACCUCGCUCGCCGAUCGUGCUCUGGCGUCCAUGACCCAGGCAUCCUUGAACCCUCAACCUCAACCUCAACGCCGCACAACAACCAAAGAACGACCCAAAUCGUCCUUUUUCCCUUCACAGUUGUCCACGCCCCUGAAAAGCGGCAGGAAUUCCCUUGGAGGUACGCGCGACACAACACCCAGAGACAAAUUGUUCGAGCAGGAUGCAGAGUACGCCAGUGUCUUCAAGUCUCGACCAAAGAUUGCAAUGAGUCCUGUUCUAUCGCCGGGACUGGAUUCGCAGAUGGAAGAUGCGGAAGACUUUAGUUUUGAAGGUGAUGCAGAGGGUACAGAGAGUAUGAUGGAGUUGCAGAGUUCACCGUUGGGAAAAUUCGGUAUGUAG